CAGAUAGGUGGUGUUGUUGACACAUCAUCCCCAUCGCGCUUGGUGUUCUCUUAACCGUGGGACUCAAAUUUAUAGUUUUUAUCUCUGAAUUGAAGAUGGCUCCAAGUUUAAACUUGAGCAAAGUGCCAAUGACACCAUUCCGUGUCAUGGCUGUAGUAGCAGGGUUCGCUGCUAUUUUUCUUGUAAUAUCAGCCAUAAGAACCACUGGCCCACAGCAGAAAUUGGGGGCAGUGUUUCACCAUGCUUCAGAUGCAUUCAAGCGGGAUACUAUGAGUAGAACAAUGGCAGAUGCAAAUUACUGGAAAAAUGUAAACUUGGAGGCAGAAGACCUCCCAGCUGAUAUCAAUCACACAGCAGCCAAAGUUCAGGUCAACUCAAAGAGAGUCAAUAUAAUGGGCACAAACACCUUUUACCGAGAGGCACAUCCUCCAGAUGGUGUUUCCAACAGUGGAGAAGUGGUAGUCCUCCUCCAUGGCGCUGCCUUUAAAUCUGAGACCUGGUUGAACCUAAACACCAUCAACCUCCUUGCUGCAAUGGGUCAUCAAGUGGUGGCCAUUGACCUCCCAGGCUACGGAGAGACAAAUAGAACUAAGAAUGUGGACAAAGCUGACUUCUUGCAAGAAUUUUUGACCAAGUUAGAAAUCAUGAAGCCAAUCAUGGUUUCCCCCUCAAUGAGUGGUGGCUUCUCCAUCCCGUACAUUCUCAAGCACCCUCAAGCCCUUGGAGGAUAUGUACCAGUUGCACCUGUGGACUCUCAAAAGAUUGUGCCACAUGCGUCAGAAAUCAGAAUUCCAACCCUAAUCAUAUAUGGAUCUAGGGACCAAAGUCUGGGUGUGGAGUCUCGAAAAAACCUGAUCAACAUCCCAACAUCUCAGGCAGUAGAGCUACCUGAUGCAAAGCACCCAGCUUAUCUGGAUAGGCCCAACCAGUUUCAUACUCUGCUCUAUAACUUCAUUAAGCAAGUCCAUGCCCAUAAAGUCUAGUUUAGUAUUCCUUCAGUAUGUUUUGUUGAUUUUUUUUCUUCUUUAACUAUAAUUCCUAACCCUUCAGGAUUUUGUGCUACGGAUUAUUUUAUAAAAUGCAUGUAGAUAUUUAGAUAUAUCAGAGUAUAUAAAAAAAAACUCAAUAAUAUG